AUGUCCACCGACCCUUUCUACAUGCGCUACUACUCCGGACACGUCGGGUCGUACGGACACGAGUUUAUCGAGUUCGAGAUUUCGGGAAACAGGCUGAGGUUUGCGCUCAACACCAACUACCGGAAUGAGGGUCUCCUGCGACGAGAAAUGUACCUGUCAGACGCGACACUGAAGGAGUUCCAGCGGAUCGUGGCAGAGAGCGAGAUCACCAAGGAGGACGACUCGAAGUGGCCUCAAAAGAGCGUGAUCGGCAAGCAGGAAUUCGAGUGCCGGAUGGCACCUUACCACCUCGCUUUCCAGACCGCAAAGAUUGGGUCGCUCGUUGAUGUGCAGAACUCGGAUGACCCCGAGGGACUGCGGGUGUUCUACUACCUCGUUCAGGACUUGAAGAUCUUCGUCUACUCGCUCAUCUCGCUGCACUUCCACAUCAAGCCCACAUACUAG